AUGUUGAUUCCGAUGACCUCAUCAGCAUGGGGUCCAACGAUUGAUGUGCUGAAGAAAAUUGACAUUCCAUCUGUCUUUAUUGGGGAAUCAUCAGCUAAUUCCCUGAAAGGCAAAUUCAUCUAUGAAAAAGGGGGCCACAUUAUUUUAGUUUCAGAAUUUACUCUUUCUCUGGAAUACUACCUAAUUCCUUUCCUUAUCAUAGUGGGCAUCUGUCUCAUCUUGAUAGUCUUUUUCAUGAUCACAAAAUUUGUCCAGGAUAGACAUAGAGCUGGAAGAAACAGACUUUGUAAAGAUCAACUUCAGAAACUCCCUAUUCAUAAAUUCAAAAAAGGAGAUGAGUAUGAUGUAUGUGCCAUUUGUUUGCAUGAGUAUGAAGAUGGAGACAAGCUCAGAAUCCUUCCUUGUUCCCAUGCUUAUCACUGCAAAUGUGUAGACCCUUGGCUGACUAAAACCGAAAAAACUUGUCCAGUCUGCAAGCAGAAAGUUGUUCCUUCUCAAGGCGAUUCAGACUCUGACACAGGUAGUAGUCUAGAAGAAAAUGAGGUGUCAGCACAUACCCCUUUACUUAGACCUCUGGCUUCUGUCAGCACACAGUCAUUUGGGGCUUUGUCAGUAUCCCGCUCACAUCAGAACAUGACAGAAUCUUCAGACUAUGAGGAAGAUGACAAUGAAGAUACUGACAGUAGUGAUGCAGAAAAUGAAAUUAAUGAACAUAGUGUUGUGGUCCAGCUGCAGCCUAAUGGUGAGCGGGACCACAAUAUAGCAAAUACUGUUUGACUUUCAGGGGUGAUUGGGUUAUUUCCCUUUAAAGUGUUUAUUUAGGUCUAUAAUUUGAUUUUUUUGCUUUCAGAGAUUCCUGUAGAAAUAACUUACUUUUUAUUGUUCUACAGUUCAGAUUGCUGAAACAGGUUUUUUUGAUCUGGUAUUUAUCUGCAGGGGUGCACUUCGUUUCACUAAUAACUAAUAAUAGACUGGUGCCGGAAGUCAGGCAUCCGAUCAACUCUCCUUUCGGAAUGAAAUAAAGCCACAACAUUAAAGAAAUUCCUCAGUAUAGCUUUCAGCUAAGACCUAGAUCGCAGUUAUGCAAAUGUUUCGUGUCAUCACACACAAGGUCAGUGCUGUGGCCACCGAGCAUGAGCCAGACCAACUCCCUCCUCCAUCAAGUUGCCUAUAGAGUCACUGAGUUGGAACAUGAUCGUUCUGUUAUUUGCCCAAAUUGCUGUUAGUGGGACGCAACAAAGUAAUUUAGCAUUUUUCCUAUCGGCACCACAAAGAAGACUUUUUCCUUUCUAUUCCCAAGUAGUCUUAUCCUGAUAGGAGUGGACUAUAUUAGUGUGCAGAUUUCAAAGGUUUUUUUUUUUAAAGGUUUUGAAUACUACAGUGUUAUUAUGAAUGUGACUCAUCAACUAAAGUAGUAAGUCUCUGGACUUCACUGAAUUUCGGUAUCCUUACAAGUUUUGUGUUGUGAUCAAACCAAAAGAAAAUGCUGUGUAAAACUACCAAACUUCAGUAACUGUUAAUACUCAGAUCAUAAUACUCUGAAGGCAGGAAAGAAUAAUAAAGAGCAUCUUAUGCUAAUAAGCCCUGCUAAACCAUGUAUAGAAGAAACUGUGUAAGUAUUAGACCUGAAAAUAAUUGCUUAUGUUUAACAGAACAAAUGUAUUUAAAUAAUGUAUUAUGAAAAGCUAAAUUAUAUUAUACAUCAUUGUAACUAUGUAGAAAAUAAUACCUAAUGUAUAAUGAAAAUGCUAAGAGUUUUUAUAUGACCUUGUAUGAAGGGAGUUUGAAUGUUAAUAAACACAUUUUCCACUUAA